AUGAGCUCUGUACACCCGAUCUCCCCUGCUUCUGUUAACUGCAACAGCAGCAGCAGCAGCAGCAGUAAACCGGCCGGAGGAGCAGCAGGAGGAAAUGACGGGAGCCCCGUUGUGGUAGUCCGGCGAGACUUUCACUCCGCAGACGCCCGAAGGAGAUCUCGUGUGCACUCUUUCUUUGGUCAACGAAACCUCGGGGAGUUUGGUUCAUUUGUUUACCUCGUUAAUCAGAUAUUUGGCGCUAGCGCAGGUCUCGUGGCUGUUCCCGUCGUGUUUAGGAGUGCGGGUUUGCUACCAGCAACAGCAGCAAAUCUUUUUGUUUGCUGCAGCAGCGCCAUUGCUUCAUUAAUGCUGCUGCGUUGCAUGCAGCUUGUCCAUGGGAAUAGCUGCUUUCAAAAGAGGAUUGAGUAUGCAGCAUGCGUCUCUUAUUUCUUAGGGAAGCACAAGGCUGGCCUUGUCCAACUCUGUCUGUACAUCGCCAUGCAGGGUAUGUGCGCCAUAUCCAUCGUCGUAGUCAGUCAGGCCUCCGAUCAGCUGCUGCUGUUUUCCUUCGGUAAAACUGCAGGGCUUGAGGUGUAUCCUCAGUUGCGUCUUCGAGUUUAUAACGCAGCUGAGUAUGCAGCAUUUUCUGGUUUGUCAUUGCCUGGGGGCCCAUCGGAUAGCCCUGCAGCAGCAGCAGCAGCAGCAGCAGCAGCAGAAAUGUCUGUUACGUGCGGCUACUUAUUAUGUGCUGCUUGCUGCAUCCCCCUCUCUAGCAGCAGCAUGGAGGAGAAUAUGAAGAUUCAAUUUGCUUCGUUUUUCUUUUUGCUGCUGUCUGUUAUAACAAUGAUGGGUGCAGCAGCUUGGCGUAUUGUUGGCUACGCUGCUGCAGAGACACCUGCAGCAGCAGCAGCUGCUGCUGCUGCUGCAGCUGCUGCUGUGGGGCCCUUUGAGAGCAACGUAUGGGUGCACCAACAGCCAGACAACCCAGAUGCAGCAGCAGCAGCACUAGUAGCAGCAGCUGGCACCACGCUGCCGCAGCAGGGAGCUGCUGCUGCUGCAGUUACUGCUGCUGCUGCUGCUGCAGCUGCUGUUGCAGCUGUCCCCCGUUUGUUCUACGCGCCUCCAUCAGCAACAACAACAGCAGCAGCAGCAGCAGCAGCAAACGAGUGGACUCUCCCUGGUGGGUUGCUCUCUGAGGAGGCUGGUGUCCCGGAUAGCAGCAGCAGCAGCAGCAAAAAGCUGCUGCAGCACUUGCUGCUGGAGGCUUCCAAAGAAGCCCAUAUCUCCGGCGCAACGCCGGGUAGCAGCAACAGCAACAGCAGCAGCAGCAACAGCAACAGCAGCAGCAGCAGCAGCAACAACAGCAAGAAGGCUAAGACGCCCCUUAUCUCGAAAUUGCCGACUGCACCUACAACUAGCAGCAAAACCAGCACCAGCAGCAGCAGCAACAGCAGCAGCAGCAGCAGCAGUAACAGCAGCAGCAGCAGCAGCAGCAGCAGCAGCAGCCCGCUAGAGGCAGUGCCUCCUGGUAUACCCCCUUUGUGGGGUCAAGAGAACUUCAUGCAGGUCUUCUCUACGUUUAUAGCAAGCUAUGCAUUUGUUACAGUUGUGCCGUGCUGGGCUAAUGAAAUGAAGCUCAAUGUCCAGAUUGAAAGGGCUAUUUGGAGGAGCACAGGGUUUUGCGGGUUUACAUAUUUUCUCUUUGGGCUUCUUCUUGCUGCUGCAUACCCUGCUGUCUCCUCAGAUAAUAUCUUGCAGGAGAUGCUGGCUUCCAGUGGCACACCCCUCUUCGCCCAGGUUGCAAUCUUCGCCUUUGACCUCUUCACGAUCCUACCAGGCAUUCUAGUGUAUUGCAUUGCGACUCGUUAUAAUCUCGUCAACAGCGGAGUCUGCAGCAAAAGGGUUUCGUUUUGGGUUGGGGCUGUGGCGCCUUUUCUAGGGUCUUGGACCCUCAUGAAUGCCCAGUCAACUGCAGAUGUCUUGACGUGGACAUCUUUGUUUUUUUCUUUGAUUUGCAACUUCGUCGCUCCGUUUGUUAUUUAUCUUCGGGCCUGCGAGAAGCUGCCUGUUGAAGCCCCCAGAGAGAAGCAAGUUGUCCUGUUUAGCCCGAACCUCCGCCACAACGUACAGGGAGAGCUGCGGGACCCGGAUGCAAUCAGGCUGUCUCUGCUGCAGUGGCUGCAGGCGACGUUUAAAGAUGAAGCGAGGGCUCGUGAUGCCGAUCCGCAGCUGCUGCAUUUGCUGCUGCAGCCUUCUGCUGCUGCUGCAGCAGCAGCAGCAGCAGACCAAACCCAAACAUCACCCGAUAAAAAACGAAUGCUCACGCAGCAGGAAGCAGCAACCACCGUUAUUGCUGCUGCUGCACUUCAGCUACAAGAACCGGGACUAAGCAAAACAUUUAGCCGCCUUUUUGGAGGCACUCCUUCUUAUCAUUCGGAGACGUCGCUGCAUACUCCGGAGCAGCAGACGUUGCUGUCAGCAGAACUUGGUGCUGCUCAUGUUGCAGCUGCUGCAGCAGCAGCAGCAGCAGGGAGCCCUGAUGGAGGCAGCAACAGUCUGCAGCAGCAGCUGCUGCGGCACGACAGCCUGGGGCAGCUGCGGGGCUCCCCGUCAGCAGCAGAUCAUUCUUACCUGGGUUCGCCUUCUUCUCCAUUGUCUCCGUUGCAGCAGCAGCUGCAGCAGCAACUGCAGCAGCAGCAGCAGCACCAAGGUUGGCGGAUCGUGCAGCCUGAACGACCCGGCGCCGCCGCUGCAGCAGCAGCAGCAGCAGCAGCAGCAGAUGAGGACGGGGAACAAGAAGUUGCUGAUUUAUCUACUGAUCUUGAUGAUGUUGCUGCUUCUUUAAAAGUGCAGCAGCACCUCCCAGAUUUGCUGUUGCGGCAGGCAGACAGAAUUGAUCGCAACGCCUGGAUGGCUGACCUCCCAGCGCUGCUAGGCAGCCCCAGAGAGCAGCAGCAGCAGCAGCAGAGGCAGCAGCAGCAGGGGCGAGGGCAGCAGCAGCAGCACCAGCAGCAGCAGCAGCAGCAUGCGGGAAUGCUUAUGCACCCCAGAGCGGCAGCGCUAACCCCUUAUACACCUGCAGCUAGAGCUGCAGCAACGCCUGCCGCAGCAGCAGGAGGUGCUGCUUCUCCUGCUGCAGCAGCUGCCUCCCCUGCUGCUGGUGAACAGUCUGCUGCUGCAGAGACAGUUGAAGACAGACGGCGUAGCUCAGCUGCUGGAGGCGAGAAGCAAACAGCAGCAGCAGAAGGCCCCUCGCUAACAAGUGAGGCCCCCGAAGGCGUCCUUCAGCGAACGCGCAACAGCAACAGCAGCAGCAGCAGCAGCAGCAGCAGCAGCAGCAGCAGCAACGGGGGUUUGUAUGGUGAGUGUCUGGUGCAUGCGCACACCUUUCCUCACCUCAGCAGCAGGUACAUCAGCGGCAGCAGCAAAAGCAGCAGCAGCAGCAGCAGCAGCGCGGAGCUUCCCCUUGUGCAUCGUUUGUCUGUCCCUGCAUUAACAUCUACUAACUCUCUCUUAGGACCUCCGCAUUACUCUGAAAAGCAUUUAUUAGGUGUAGAGAUAACAGAGCUCUCUUUAGGGUUGGGAAGAAGAGCAGCAGAUCUGGUGCGCAGGCUGCGCAGCAGCAACAGCAGCAGCAGCAGCAGCAGCAGCAGCAGCAGCAGCACUGCUGCAACGCGUGAGGAAGAAGAGAGGAUGGCUGCUGCUGCUGUAGAAGAAGUUGAAGCAACUGCGAUGCUGCUGCGGCAGCUGCUAGAGGCGCAGCAGCAUGGGAACGAUGUCCGUGUACACUUGCUGCUGCAGCAGGCAGCAAAGGCUGCUGCUGCUGCUGCUGCUAACAGCAGCAGUAGCAGCAGUACCUCAAUGGCACACCCUACGAAAGGAAACUCAUGGGGAUAUCUUAGUCUGCCGCAGGGUUUGCUGCCUCGCCUGAGGCGAUCCGAUACCCUAAAGAACAUUAGCACUUUGCUGCAGCCACUACGAAGACAAACAACAGCGCCUGUAGAAAUGGGGGCCUCCAGAAGCUUCCCUUUAAGAAGCAUCUACAGCUUCGACCAGCAGCGGCAGCAGCAGCAGCAGCCGCUGCUGCAGGAGCAAAGAAGAAGGAGCUCAGGAGACAAGCAACCUGCAGCAGACGAGGAAGACAUCAGAAGCCGCAGCAGCCCCUGUUUUCCUGCCGCUAACGAUAGAUAUGAACGCAGCAGCAGCAGCAGCAGCAGCAGCGCCAGCAGCAGCAGCAGUAGCAGCAGCAGCAGCAGCAGUAGCAUGUGGGUCAGCGCCAGUGCCCCCGCGCUCAGCAUCCGGGAAGGAGACCAACAGCAGCAGAAGCAGCAGCAGCAGCCACAGCAGCAGCAGCAACAACAACAGCAGCAACAGCAACAGCAGCAGCAGCAGCAGCAGUGGCAGCAGCAAACGGAUUUGAAACGCGCAGUGAUUGCGGCCGCAGCAGAAGACACCCCCGCAGCUCCAGCAGCAGCAGCAGCAACAGAAGCAGAGCGUGCAAGGAGCCUUGGUAGAGCCGCAGAUGAAGGCAGCAGCAGCAACAAUAUCUCGGGCGUCUCUGACGACGCCGCAGCAAGUGCAGCAGCAACAUCUGCUGCUGCUGCUUCUGCUGCUCGCGACAAAAGGAGACAACGUUGCCGCAUGCCUUCGCUGUCUCCCCCGUCUCCUUUCACCCGCAUCAACGUAGAGCAUGCAGAGGGACAGCAGCAACAGCGGCAGCAGCAGCAGCAACAGCAGCAGCAGCAGCAGCAGCAACAGCAGCAACAGCAGCAGCAGCAACAGCAGCAGCAGCAAGGGGAGCGUGUGGCCCACGGGAGGCGCAAAUUUAAAACUGCUGCAUAUUUGCCGAAGAAGAAGGACAAGGUUUCAUCAGCAGCAGCAGCACCAGCAGCAGCAGCAGCGCCAGCAGCAGCAGCAGCAGCAGCAGCAGCAGCAGGUUCAGGGGACCCUUCUGAGAGUCUCUUUUCUUACAGGGAUAUCGACCACCGCGAGGCGCAUCCGACAGAAGUGCUGCCUACAAUUCAGGGUUUAGCGUUCACGGACUAG